AGCUUCAUGUCUUCUAUUAGGAGACCUGUAUCUCUGACAGAGGGAUCCAUCUCUGCAGCUUCAUGUCUUCUAUUAGGAGACCUGUAUCUCUGACAGAGGGAUCCAUCUGUCUGCAGCUUCAUGUCUUCUAUUAGGAGACCUGUAUCUCUGACAGAGGGAUCCAUCUCUGCAGCUUCAUGUCUUCUAUUAGGAGACCUGUAUCUCUGACAGAGGGAUCCAUCUCUGCAGCUUCAUGUCUUCUAUUAGGAGACCUGUAUCUCUGACAGAGGGAUCCAUCUCUGCAGCUUCAUGUCUUCUAUUAGGAGACCUGUAUCUCUGACAGAGGGAUCCAUCUCUGCAGCUUCAUGUCUUCUAUUAGGAGACCUGUAUCUCUGACAGAGGGAUCCAUCUCUGCAGCUUCAUGUCUUCUAUUAGGAGACCUGUAUCUCUGGGUUAAAUAAUGUGUUGUUGUGAGUUCAGAUGAUGAAGAGUAAAGCCGACGAAGAAGACUACUGGAACAGCUCCAAGUUCAAAGCCUUCACCUUCGACGAUGAAGACGAUGAAUUCAGCCGGUUGAGAGAGUCAAAGCAGGCGGUGAACAACAUCCGCCGACUGGUGGAGGAAGACGAUGAUGAAGAGGAUGUGGAGAAGGUCAGCUGGAGCGGGGAGCCUGUCGGGAGUAUCUCCUGGUCUGUGAACGAGACAGCAGCUUCCAAUCAGAGGACAGACAAAGAGCCCGCCUUCCCCAAAAUCAACAGCGACAUCUCGAUGAUCAGCAAGAGCCAAUCAGGAUACUCCCUGAGCUCCCUGUUCAAAGGGAAAACUAAAGGCGGAAACUUCCAGCAGUUCACCGACUCGCUCAACGACUCUUGUCUCAGGCUCUACGCUCCAGAACUCCGAAAACCCAAAUCCGAAUACAAGGAUUACGUCAGUGAUUGGUCGCCUGAGGAGACGGUUCAGAGGAUGCAGCACGGAAAGGCGGUGUCUCUGGAGAAGUUCCGCUCCCUGCAGGACAAACUGCUGCUGCUUGACUUUUCCGUUAGCGCCAACGAUGGGAACGUCAUCACUGCCGUUUUGAUUUAUUUAAAGAGGACUCUGAGUAAAGAGGUUUUGUUCCGCGAGCUGCAGUCCAGACAAACGGCUCUGAGGCACUUCAUCUGCUACCUGAGAGAGAGCCGAGACCACCGUCUGCUGCAGGAGCUGUACAGAGCUCUGGGCCGUACGGAGGACGUGGCGCUGCUGCAGUAUAAAGAACACCUGAGCAUUGCUGACGAGAACCAGAGGCGGGACUUCCUGAAGAGCUGCCUCAGUCUUCCAUUUUCUCCAGAAGAUUCUUCACACAUCCAGGAUCACUACACUCUGCUGGAGAGACAAAUCAUCAUCGAGGCCACUGACCGGCAGGCCGAGCGCGGAGGGAAGCUGGAAAUUUUCCAGAAGUUUCCGAGGAAAGCUUCGAUCCUCAACAUGCCACUGAUCACAACGCUGUACUACUGCUGCUUCUACCACUACUCUGAGGCCCAGGGCACCUUCAGCAGCCCCCUGAACGUGCGCCAGACCUUCAAGAUUUCGGAGAAGCAGUUCUUCGUGACGGCCCUGGCGGCGCGGGCCAAGCUGAAGGCAUGGACGGACGUAGACGCUCUGUUCACCAGCAGGAACUGGCUCGGCUUCACCAGGAAGAAAUCUCCGCUAAGUUUCCAGCGCGUGGUCGACGUCCUGCAGAAAAACUCCGCCCCCACACAGGUGCUGCAGGACUACGUGGCGCUGGUUGAUGAUGCAGAGCUUAGGAUAACGUUGGCCCAGAAGCAUAAAUGUCACGACAUCGUGAUCAACACGUAUCGAGACCUGAAGGACCGGCAGCAGUUGCUAGGAUAUCGAGGGAAGGUGGAGAGGGGGUCGGCAGAGGAGAGAAAGAUCGAUGAGCUGCUGAUCAACCAGCAAAUUCGUUGGAAGAACUGAAAGCCUAAACUAAAGUCUUUUACUUUGAAAACGAAAAGGCUGCUUCCUGCGACAAGACAAGAGCGGUCACUGUGACAAACAGAACUUCCAAUCAGAGUACAGACGCUGCUUGAGCCCACACACAGGACACUGGGUGGGUGGGGCUUGUGUUUCUGCUGAGUCAUCGUUUCAACAUUCCUCUUGAUUUUAUAAAUAAUAUCUGAAAAACUAUUAAACUUUUAUUUUAAAAUGGGA